AUGACGUCGAUAGGAACAGGCUACGAUCUUUCAAAUUCCGUGUUCUCGCCUGAUGGCCGGAACUUUCAAGUUGAAUAUGCCGUCAAAGCAGUUGAAAAUGGCGGAACCUCCAUCGGCAUCCGGACAAAACACGGCGUCGUUCUUGCCUGCGAGAAGAUCAUAUCCUCCAAGCUCCUGAAGCCUGGCGCCAACUUGAGAAUAUCAACGGUAGAUCGUCAUGCUGGCGUUGUUACUUCGGGACUACUGCCGGAUGGUCGCCAUCUGAUCAGCAGAGCGAGAGACGAAGCAAGCAGCUGGAGGCAAACAUAUAAAGGCCCAAUCCCCGUCCACGCUUUGGCGUCGAGAAUGGGAGGAUACGUCCAAGCGUACACGCUUUAUUCAAGCGUACGACCAUUUGGAGUCACAGCAAUUCUGGGUGGAUGGGAUUCAGAAGCUGAACUCGGUGUGGAUGGACAGGUUGGAUUUGGACCUUCAGUUGGCGCCGGAGGAAAACUUGAGGAUGAGGUUGUUAAAAGAGGCGGUCCUGGUCUCUACAUGAUUGAACCUAGUGGGUUGUAUUGGGGCUACUACGGUGCCGCAACAGGAAAAGGGCGACAAGCUGCAAAGGCCGAGUUGGAAAAGCUGGAUCUGGCUUCCCCAACCUGCUCCUUGAGCCUCAAAGAUGCUGUGAUGGAGGCUGCCAGGAUCAUAUACGUGGCACACGAAGAUUCGAAGGACAAGGAAUUCGAACUAGAGAUGACCUGGAUCUCGACACUAGACGGCCCGACCAAAGGUCAACAUCAGCAGGUCCCCCAAGAGUUGUUGGAGGAAGCAGAGAAGGCGGCCAAGAAGAGUCUAGAGGGAGACGAUGAUGAAGAAGAAGAAGAGGAAGAAGGAGAUGCCAUGCAGGAGUGA